AUUAUCAUCGUUAUGAUUUUAUUCUUGAAAUGAAUAUCACGACAACGGAGUAGCAUUACAGCGAGUUGAUGUGCAAGAUGCGAAUCUUGCAAAAAAUACUGUUGAGCCUUGCAUUCAAGGUAUCCAAACAAAAAUCUGACCACUAUCUUGAUUUCGUGAAGGACGGCAAUGAGCCUCAAAUCUCAUCAAAAUUAUCACUCGUGUAAACUGUCGUAUUUUAUUAAAAAAUGCCUACAACACGAAAAACAGCAGUUAACGGCACACACAGCUAAUAGAUGCAUGACCGCAUCACCAACGAAAACGCAAGUGCGUCAGUAAAAUUUUAAUCGAGCCAUAAAGGCAAGCCAAGCACGCAACAGUGCUCAUCUCUCGCUCCGCAGGAUAUCCAUCCGAUAUCUCGAGAGCGCGUCAAAGGCGAUCCGCUCACCGCUACCGCUGGGCAUUGACAUUGUCGAGGCCGCGAACAAUGAGAAUAGCUGCAAAAAAAGCAGUAGCUCGCGCGCGUAUUAUACCUAUAGCCGAGUAGCUGCUGUGUACCAGCUGGUUAUUGAGCCAUGACCGUCACACGAAGCCGAGCUGCUGCCGCUUGGAUUUAGUGGGUAGGCGCUGGCCCACUUCCGAGCCACGCUAUACUCCGAGACUCGCCGAUAUCGCUCGUCCGCGGCGUGAAUACGUAAAUCCGCUGCUGUACAGUGUAUAGUCGCUCUCGCUCGCGAGACUACUUGGAUUUUGCUUAUUUGAGUCGUUCAUUCGAGGUACACAGGACACUGUCCGACCCUGAAGUUCCGAGUUGGCAAGAGAUACGGGGCAUGUACCGAAGAAAUUAUGAAAGAGCUCAUAGAGAAGAAGAUACUUAAAACGGGCCCGUACAGACCGAGCGCCGGGAAAGAAUCCAUAGUCACGAUUCAGCGGGAAAAGGACAUCAGAAGGGACUGGAAAAAAGAUGCAUACAUGUACAAAGCUCCGCCGUACAUUUUGGGCUACACGGGCUACAUCCCGGGCUUCAACAGGAGCUACGGCCUGACCUUCAUGAAAGCCGUGGAGGAAGGCGCGGUCGAGUGGCGCGAAACCCAGAACAAAUUGAAGGCCCGAAGGGACGCGAUGAGGGCCCACGCCGAGCGAACGGAUCCCCGGAACCUCCUGUCACGUGUCCGCUCGGACAACGUCGACGUCGAGCUCGACCAUGGACACGGCAGCCGGAGACGACAGUACUUCGACAACCAAGUGUCAGCCGAGAGCCCGCCUAUCGUGGGCUACACCGGUCACAUACCCGGAGCCAAGGGCGAAGUAGCCUUAUCCAAGAGAUACGCCCAGGCAGCGAAGAGGGGCCUGGAGAUACUGCAAAAGGAGCGACAAUCAAGACUUGGUACAGCCAAAGACGCGCACGCAGUCGAAAGGGUCCUCGAGGUGGCUUACCUCGACGACACGGGGCACGUUAGGGCGUAAGCGUCUCACAAGGAGGCUGGUUUUUAUUUCUUGCAGUUCCUAUCGUCAAUCGUAGCCUUGCCAAGCUGAGCCUUGCGAUUUGACGAUUUUACUAUGCUGAUGUGUAAAAAAACGAAUCAAGGCCAAGUAACAAUGUAGCCAAUGUCAUACCAAAAUAUUUAUUGAUACAAACGCGAUACCAAUACUUCGGCGAGAAAUCAGGAAUCAUUAAAACUGUGCAAUUUCGAUUAAUUUAAAUCAUAAGAUUGAUUAUUGAAAAAGUUGAUUUUUGAAACCGUUGUAAAUAAUUAUAAAACAAGAAAAAAGAACGAAGAAUGUACAACUAUAAUCUGAUGUAUACUACUAUUCUUUAAAUACAUUAUUCUUAAGAAUAUAGAUAUUCUUCAUCACAAAGAACAGCGAAAUAAUUUUUCAAUACUUAUAAAUAGUGCUACCAUACACAGAAUUGCAACUUUAUCCGUCCAAAUGUAAUUACAAAUUCAAUAGAUAGUAUAUGUAUUUAUAGUCGUUUAAAUAUUGCCAGUGUCUGCUUCGUAGUUUCAUUAAAUUAUUUGUAAUAAAAGGUCUACAAGUAAUUUCCACUGCGAAAUAUCUCUGAUAGACAUAUUUAUUAGAUUUAAGAAAUAGAAAGCUAGUUUCAUUUUUGCUGAGAGAACAAAAAUGAAAUUUAGCAUAAUUUAAGUUGUUAUGCAUCCACAUUUUGUUAAUAAUUGAGAAAUAAUUUAUCAUUCUAAAUAAAUGAGAGAAAAAUACAGAAAAAUUGCAAUGGAAGGAUCGUCAAAAUAAAUAAUACCAUCCAUGAUUGUAUUAAAAAGUUUAUCAAAAAAAAAAUAAAGUAUUCAACAUAGUUAAUAAAUAUACAUUACGUACUUAUUUACAUCAUAAACCUAAUUACGUUUCGGUAAUCUACUUAUCCUCUCCAUUUCCAUUUCUAAACUUCUCUUCCACAUUUCAGGUUCUAGCGAAUUCAACCCAUGCGACAGAGACAUCAAUCUCGAAAGCACCAUCAGGGAAUGUAAAUUAUCAGCUGAGAAGCUUUUAUCCGCUUGCCUUAA